GCCUUUUGUCCUCGCUCGCUCUCAAACAACUCUCGGUCUUUUGAUUUUCAAAACUCAAAACCAGAAAACUCAAAGGACCCAGAAGAGAAGAGACAUGGGCUGUGUGUCUUCCAAUCUGCUCAACCACGACGACGACUUUACCCAACUCGGAAGCUCUGCACUGAGUCACCACAUCGUUUCUCUCACCUCCACUACUUAUGGCCUCCUUACUCUUGACCCCCCACCACCUCAAUCAACCGCCAGCCCCCCACCAACAACCCCUUUAACCCCACCUUCUCGGUUCACCCUCGGCUCCGUCUUCUCCGAACCCAAGUCCCUUUGGUCUGAUCCCAGGCCCCCGCUACUCCGCUCUGGCCCAACUGAGGUCAUCAACUCUUGGGAACUCAUGGCCGGCCUCGAGUACACCGCUGACAGUUUCCGCUUCUUCAAAGACCUUAACAACGCCAACAAAGAGAACUCAAACCCUAAUCGUAAUCACCGUACCCACUCCGAGUCAAACAGUUUUCUUAAGCCUUUGAACGGCAACGUUCCAAGACCUUCUUCGGUCCUGGACAAGUUCGAGAGAAUAUGCCCACCCAACGGAGAGAACAGAGUGGUGAUCUACACGACGACGUUGCGAGGCGUGAGGAAGACUUUCGAGGCGUGCAAUGCAGUGAGGGCUGUUAUGGAAGGGUUCGGCGUGUUGAUCUCCGAGCGAGAUAUAUCCAUGGACCGUGGAUUCAGAGAACAACUGAGGGAGCUGAUGAGAGGGAAAGUAGAAGCAAUGGUGCCUCCGAGAGUGUUUGUGAAGGGGCGGUAUGUGGGUGGAGCUGAGGAGGUGUUGAAAAUAGUAGAGGAAGGGUGGCUUGGCGAACUUCUUGAAGGGAUGCCCAAGAAAAGAGGUCCGGGUGUGUGUGAAGGGUGUGGGGACGUGAGGUUCUUGCCGUGUUUCCGAUGCAGCGGGAGCUGUAAGAUGGUGAUGGUGGAGAAGGAGGAAGUGGGCCAAAGACAAGGAAGGACUGUUGUGGUGAGGUGUCUUGAUUGUAAUGAAAAUGGCUUGGUUCUCUGCCCUAUCUGUAGCUGAUCUGUUUGGAUCUUGUAUCUAAGUCUAAUCUACUCAGAGUAAGAUUUCGCAAUUUCGCAGAUUCUAGUUUGUGCUGAAACGAUGAUCUUAUAUGCUGUAUUUUGGUUUAUCUGUAAGGCAGAGUAUGUUCAAUAUGAUGUUGAAUAAUAGAAAAUAAAGCACAGUUAUUGA